AUGGACAAGACCUUUGCUAGCUUGUUACGCAAUUCACGUUUGGCAUCAUACGAUCGAAAGCUGAAUCAGGUGUAUCGAGUAUCACAGCAUAAUCGGCAAAAGGGCAACUGGGGCUUGAAGCGCAAUCUACCCAGCGUCAUUCGUACACCGUUUGUCACCAUUUCCGACCUUGAUACAGCCGAGCAUCAGACACCGUGGCGAUCAGGAACCAGUCAAGUCAUGUUUGUACGUCGUUGGAAAGAAAACUUCCCCAACUCGAAGAAGCCUAUGCCUCGUCCUGAACACGUUGAACACAAUAUCACUCAAAUGACACCCGCCGAGUUUAAGCGAUUUGUCAAGGCAGCAGCCAAGCGUGCACCCGAAUUUAAAAAGAUGAUCGACAAUCAACAGCUUAAGCCUGAACAAGUUUAUGAGUAUUUGGGAGCAUCAUUUAGCGACAACAACCAACAAGGAGUGGUGGGACCCACGUACAGCGAACAUGAAGUGGAGAUGAAUUAUCCUGUCAAAGGUCGAUUCCUCAAUAACGAUCGUGAUGGAUAUGCAGUGGGUGUUGCAGGUGUCGUGGCCUUAUGCGUAAAGCGCAAUGUUACCAGCAUGCGAUACCAUGGUGAUCGACGAGAGCGUGAUUUUUAUGUUGAGGAAGCAUCCAUUGAUACACAGGGACGACCCCAUGUCAUUGUCAGUCCAUACAAACCAGGUGCAACAAGUGCGUUCAUAUCUGAAAUCUUGGGUGAAUCUAGCAUGGAUGAUGAGGGCCAUAUGGGUGCAGAUCGCAUGAAAGCCGAGCACAUGUGGAGCAGCAGCAGCAGCAACAACUCGCAACCAGUAAAAGAAAAUGAUAACACGCAAGAGCAUCCCAACCACAAACGACUCAUGGCGUACCUCGAGAUGGUCACAGGAAAAGAUGAUGAUGAUAAUAAUAAAAGAUGA